AUGUUCAACAUCUCGAACUUGGUGCAGAAGGCCCAGCAGUACAUCGAACCCACGCUCAAUACCAUAGCCGCUCCCGCAUCGACAGACCGCCGACCCUCAAAAGCCACUCUCUUCCGCUACCAGUUCCGACUCCCCGACUCUCAGAAUCCCCUCCAGGAGAUCACCGCUGAGCUCACGCUCCAACCCCACCAUUCCACGAGGGGCCCCGGCGACGUCACAUCUGAGAAGGAGCGCAGCCAGGGAAACCACUAUGUGGGCAAGCUGCACCUUAGCGAGCAGUAUCUCUGCUUCUCUACACAGGGCUCGAGCUUUGCCAAUACCGCGAGCCUGAGCUCUUCCAGCAGCUUCACGGGGCAGACUCAUGGGGCGGGACCUGCGGGCAACGGUUUCACAUUACCACUAUGCGGCAUACGACGGGUAGAAAGACUGCAUAGCCAGAGCUACAUGUUCGCACUCGCCAUCACGACGUGGAACGGCAUACCAGACUCAAAGUCGCAGGCGCCUGCUGGCCAGAAGCUUACGAUUCAACUCGCGGGGUCGCGACAGGCAUGCGAGCGCUUCUGCGAUGCUUUGAAGAAGGGGCUGCGGGAGGGAGUCAAGGAGGUGGAUAACCUGCGCAAGGUUGUGGGGCAAUGCUACUCCGAGUACCUUCUCACCGACGCCGAGGAGAAGAAGGCCGGAGAGGAUGGCAAGCAAGCGCGAGAGCAUCCAGAUACCGGCCUAGGCAUGAUCUUCAAGUACCCAGGCAACGCGCGAAAACUCAGGGACGCGACAAAGAUACGGUUGUGGCGCGAAUAUCUCAGAGACAACGGCCGAAGCGCGACCCUCAUCCGACAACCCACUUUCCACAAGCUCAUCCGUGUCGGUCUGCCGAAUCGAUUGCGAGGCGAGAUGUGGGAGCUCACAUCCGGUGCCUUCUUCUUGCGCCUACAGAACCCAAAUCUCUAUACCGAGACGCUACAAAAGUUCUCCGGGCGGGAGUCGUUAGCCAUCGACGAGAUUGAAAAGGAUCUCAACAGAAGUCUGCCAGAAUACCCGGGCUUCCAGAGCGAAGAGGGUAUUGGUCGGCUCCGACGAGUGUUGACGGCAUACAGCUGGACAAAUGAGGAGGUUGGUUAUUGCCAGGCGAUGAAUAUCGUGGUCGCAGCAUUGCUCAUUUACAUGUCCGAAUCGCAGGCCUUUUUCCUCCUUUCCGUGCUGUGUGACCGUCUCCUGCCCGGCUACUAUUCGCAAACCAUGUACGGCACCUUGCUGGACCAGAAGGUCUUCGAAUCACUGGUUGAGAAGACUAUGCCUAUACUAUGGGACCAUCUGGUUAAAUCAGACGUACAGCUGUCCGUUGUCUCAUUACCCUGGUUUCUUUCGCUCUAUAUCAACUCUAUGCCUCUAAUCUUUGCUUUCCGCGUUCUUGAUGUUUUCUUCCUCGAAGGUCCAAAAGUUCUCUUCCAAAUCGGCCUGGCCAUCCUGCGCAUCAAUGGCGAGGAGCUGCUCGAUGCUGCAGACGAUGGCUCCUUCAUCUCAGUCUUGAAGUCGUACUUCUCAAGACUCGAUGAGUCCGCCCACCCCAAGUCAGAGAACCCUAAACUGCGAGCUGUGACUCGCUUCCAAGAGCUCAUGGUAGUAGCGUUCAAGGAGUUUGCUGGCAUUACCCAGAACACCAUCUCUGAACAGCGAGCAAAGCACAAGGAUGCCGUGCUUGAGAACAUCGAAAGUUUUGCUAAGCGCACGUCGAUCCGUAAUCUCGGUCCCGAUAGCAAGAAGCUGAGUGUGAAUGACCUCGGGUUCUUGUACGACAAGUUCUAUGCCGUGCUGUACGAACGACAACAAAGAGCAGAGAUCAUGCAACAAGAGGCCGAUCGCAAGGCAAAGGCGAGUAGGAUGAAGGCGACAGAGGUUGUGACUGGUAUAUCUGGAAGCGCGGAGAAGGGCCGUGUGGCACUCGGUCCUAGCCCUACACAAAUGGAUUACGAUGCCUUUAGGGAGUUCCUCGCUGGUAUCGCGAAGUGGGCAAUUACUGAUUCGCCAAGCUCUCCACCGGAAAGUAGUGGUACCCAGUCUCCUCACUCGUACUUUGGAAACAGCUUGAGGAAACGACCACCAAUGUCCCCAUGGGGAUCAGGACCAGAGCCAGCAGAUCAUGAGUUUAUGCGACGCUUGUUUCGACGCUGGGAUGUAGACAUGACCGACUCGUUAUCGCUGCAGAACGUUGUCACUGGGUUUGCGCAUGUCAAGGGUACCAAAGACAUCAUGUCCAACAUCAGCUAUUUCUUCGAACUCUACGAUGACGAUGGCGACGGCAGGGUAGAUCGGGAGGGCAUCUUGAGAAUCUCAGAAGCCUUGCUGUUUUUGUCAAGGCGAGGCGUCCACGACCCGACUCCAAACGCGUCUUCAUUGGACAUAAGUUCUACGGCAGGAUCGGAACGUGUCGGUCGAGACGAACAGUUCUUGAGUAGCGUCUCCGCCUUCAUUCGGCAUUGCUUCGAAUAUGCCGAUCCUGAUCAUCCAUCGAACCAGACGAAUAAAGCCGUCGAACAGGUUCAAGAAGAGGUCGAUAACUUUGCAAUUGGCGAUGAUGACGAAGAGGAUGACUUGAUCGAUUUCGGCUCUGAGCCAGCAACACCAAAAGCCAAGGCGACGACGUUCGAGAAGUCAGAACAAAACCCACUCUCACCAACACCAUCGAAUCACACUACCGAGUCAGACGUUGCAGAGCGCAAUGACAAGGCCAAGUCGGCAAACCUUGCAUUGGAUCCGAACAAGCCUCUACAUAUAACCUUGCCUACUUUCCGCAUGGUCAUCCUUGCAGACGACGCCUUACUGAACUUCUUCGAAGUAGGGUUUUCAUCAUCUUUCCGCCUGGCCGACGAAACACUCUCGUCAGGUUCCAGUUUCCAUAACCUCACCACUUUUGCGAAUGCUGGAAAACAGGGCGGUGGUGGUGGCGGAUUGGGUGGCGUUGUUGGCGGCGCCGGGGCUGGCGUUGUGCCACCCGGAAAGGGCCUGCGAGGCAUGCUCGACAACAUCGUCAACGACGGCAUGCGUGUCGCGACUGAGGUCAGAAGAAGAUACGAUGAAGCACAGAAGGAGCUGGACAAGGAGGCACGGCAUGGACGCGAGGAUGAAGAAGACGAAGAGGAGGUUGAUGCGAAAGAUUUAGAUCUGUUAGAAGGUGCAGAGACGGCAGAUGUGGGUGCGUCAAAAGGAGAAGCACCACAAGAACUCUUGUCACCUACAAGUACUGGGGAGGAGAUUAAGACGGCCAGAAACCGGUCGGCUAGUGAUGCGAGUAGACGGCCGCCAUUGCUGGGGAAGACUGUGCCGCAGCACUUUGCGGGGGUUGUGAGACAACAUGGCGACCGUGACGCAGUAAUAUCACAUCACCAGCGCAUACGCUUGACCUACGACGCGCUUGAUCGCGACUCGAACAAGCUUGCAAGAGGACUGCAGAAGCUUGGUGUGAAGAGGGGAGACCGAGUACCACUGAAUCCCUCGUUCAACGCGCCCCAAGUCCUUAACGCUAUCAACCAUCUCGACGCCGCACAUCUCAUCAUCGGAGCCGAAACGAACCUCCCUCGCAAAGAACCACGAUCCAACAUCUCACUCCUCACGCACUUGAUCCCCAACCUGGCCGGCUCGAGCCUCGAAUCCGAACUUGUUCCGUCGCUUAAGAAUGUCGUGCUAGUAAACAACGCGCAAGGGAGAGUGGAUCUGAACGAGUACAGGAGUUUAAAGAGGUACGAGCACGUCAUCGAAGAUGGUGGCCAGGACAACGCGUUUGAAGACCAAGGGUUACAUCCAGACGACAUUGUAAACAUUCAGUUUACGUCUGGGACGACGAGCAUGCCAAAAGCUGCGUGUUUGAGUCACAAGAGUAUCUUGAACAAUGGCAAUAACAUCGGUGACAGGAUGCUGCUGACACCAGACGACGUCGUGUGCUGUCCGCCUCCAUUAUUCCAUUGCUUUGGAUGCAUUCUCGGGUACAUGGCUACAGCUACGCACGGCAGCGCUAUCGUAUUUCCAACCGAAGCCUUCAACGCCCUCGCCACACUCGAAGCCGUUCGCGAAUACAAAUGCACAGCCCUUUACGGGGUACCCACCAUGUUUGUAGCCGAGCUUGAGCUGCUGGCUCACGGUGCCGUGCCUAAAGAUGGCUUCCAGUAUCUCAGGACCGGCAUCGCAGCUGGCUCUGCGAUUCCUUCCGAACUCAUGCGCAAGCUACACAAAAAUCUGAACUUGACCGAGCUAACAAUUUGUUACGGCAUGACCGAGACUUCUCCCGUAUCAGCUAUGACUACCACGGAUGAUCCUAUCGAGAAGCGUAUUGAUAGUGUUGGUCGCCUCCUCCCGCACGUUCGUGCCAAGGUCGUUAAUCCGUCAGACUGGUCGCAAACCCUCAACGUAGGUCAGCGCGGCGAACUCGCCGUAUCAGGCUACCUUGUAAUGAAAGGAUACUGGGGCGACACAGCACGCACAGAAGAAGUUCUGCAGCCAGAUGAAGACGGCAGGUUGUGGAUGCACACUGGUGACGAGGCAUCCAUGGACGAAGAAGGCUAUAUCAAAAUUACUGGCAGGAUAAAAGACUUGAUCAUCAAAGGAGGCGAGAACAUUCAUCCUCUGGAGGUAGAGAAUUGUCUCUUUGCUCAUCCCGCUAUUAGUGAGGUUAGCGUUGUAGGCCUGCCGGACGAACGUUAUGGCGAGAUCGUUGCAGCGUUUGUAGUCAGACAUGGGGGCGAUGAAGGGAACGUGACUGCAGAUGAAGUGAGAAGUUGGGUCCGGGAGAAGUUGAGCCAUCACCUAGUGCCGAAGUAUGUAUUCUGGGUGGACAACUAUCCCAAGACCGCCAGUGGAAAGAUACAAAAGUUCAAAUUAAAAGAGCAAGGUAUCGCAUUGCUACAGGAAGGGAAAGGAUUGGUCUGA